AUGUUCAAUGGAGCGACCAAAUACAACACGGUCUCGAGCAAUGGUGGACAAAAAGUGCAAUAUAGAUGGAUGUCCAAUGGUUCGGCGAAUUUGAAUGGCCCCGAGACUCCAACAGCGCCACAGAAAACCCAAUUGGGCAAGAUUCUUGCUGGAGGAGGGGCUCGUGUUCUCAAACUGGUGACCGAGGUGGGAAGGGGACCAUUGAUGAAUACCCAACGAGGCGAGGAAAUCACUAAGGAUUUCCUCGAUUCAGCUACUAAAGAGAAAGAAGAGCUACAGGAUUUGAACAGCCGUCUUGAACACUACAUCUUACAAGUGCAAACAUUGGAAAUCGAAAAUCGAGCACUCGUUGAAGAACUGGAAAAGUCACGAAGCACUUGGGGAGCGGACACAUCGAGGGUGAAAAAUGAGUUUCAUGCAGAGCUUAUCGAAAAACAAAGAAAGUAUAAAGAUUUGUGCAUCAUGAACGCCAAGCUCGAGGCUCAAAUCAUCGAAAGGAAGACGGAAAGGGAGCAGACUCGUUCAGCUUAUCGUGAAAUCUCGGUAAAGAAUAAAAGCAAGACGCUAGAAUAUGAACAAGUGAAAUAUUCUGUCGAUGAAGCUGAACAGGAUCUGGUCAAUCUUAAAGAGAGAGAGAAGCAAUUGAAUGAGGAAAAAGCUUGGCUAAUCGAGGAUAUUAAGCUACAACGUGUCAAGCUUGAGAAAGAGCGAGAGAAUGCGAGCCAAGAGCGAAUGAAUCGAGUCGAGGCUCAAUUCGAAGUGCAAAGGCUCGUCGCUGAGCUUGAGUCAUUGAGCAAAAUUCACGAACAAGAGGUCUACGAACUGCAGCUUCUUCUUUCGAAAGCGCCCGUCAAAACCCGAGAGAUCUUCCGUGAUAAGCUCGCCUUAGCGAUUAGAGACAUCAAGAAAGACUAUGAAUACCUAGCCAUGCAAGAGAAGAGAGAAAUGGAGAGCUGGUACAAGCUACGGGUAUCUCAAGUUCAAUCACUUUCGGGCCAUGUAGCUUACGAUGGCAGUGUUCAUCACGAGGAGAUCUCCAAAAUUCGCCAUAGCGUUGUCGAGUUUCGGGCUAGAUACGAGAUCUUGGAGGAAAAGAAUCGAACCCUCGAGCGCACAUAUCAAACACUCAUCUCUAAGCUCAACAAAGAUCGUGAGUCGCACGAGACAGCCAUUUCAAAUGGUGAUGCGGAAUUACGCCAAUUGCAUACUGAAAUACAGAAGCUUUAUCUUGAGCUCGAGGAGAUCCGCAAUACUAAACUGAUUCUUGACGCCGAGAUCGCAAUCUAUCGAAAAAUGGUUGAGGCCGAAGAGUUCCGUUUCCGUCGGGUCGGCGCGGUCACGCCAAGGCCAAAAAUAAUCGAGGAGGAGCGAGAAAGCCAACAAAUCGAGGAACAUACGACAAUUGUCCGUUUAGAAUGCAAUAGCGUCGACAACAUCGUCUUCGACAAAGUCGACUGGGAGAAUGGAUGCUACAUCGUACUCCACAAUAAGAGUGAACGUGAUGAUGGCGACAUCAGCGGAUAUACUAUUACACGUCAUUUACCAAAAAAUGAGAUAGUCUCAUUCAAAAUCCCGGCGAACACAAUUCUUCGAGCUGGGGCAAGGCUGACGAUCUACGCCAAAAAUAAGGGCGCUCACUCGCCGCCGACCUCGAUCGUCAAUGAAAACGCGCCCACUUGGGGAGUCGGAUUUCAUGUUGAAACCUUUUUGCGCGACAAGAACAACGUUCAAAAGUCGGCCUACGUAAAGAACACGGCCGAGUCGCACACCAAAUCACCGACGACAUACAGAGAAGCCUUCAAAACAUCAUCACCU